UUGGAAUAUCAGGGGAAGGUUGUAUUUGCCAGAUAAUUUUACAGCAUGCCAUUGUAAUUUGUGUCACAUUCAGCAGCAGACACAGAGACUUAAGUUACGUACAGACACCAGGAAGAAAAAUCAAGUGUUGCAUACACUAAGAACAUGGAUAUGGAGCCAGUCGGGAAAACCUGAUAUAAGUGUUAUUGUGAUCUAAAAUGUGAUAAAUUUAAACCAGAUUCCCCAUUUCUUGAGAUUAUUUAUAGUGAUUGUGUAAUAAAAGGACUAAUAAUGGGUGAAUUCAUAGCUCCGUGGAAUCUCCUCCAACUGGCGUUGAUCUCUGUUUAUCCUAUGUAUAUGUCUUUCUUUAGGAUAGCUAAUGGUAUGUCACUGUUGGCUCUAUAUGUAGACCUCCUGAUAGUUUGUGUACCAGUUCUCUUUAUACAAAUGAAGUUGGGAGGAUAUCAUCAGAAAGGAAUUGUGGGAUUGUUUUCUCAACAUGUUCCUAUUGCGAAAGGUAUAGGUGUGGCAUUACUGAUUGACCUCUUCUUGACCUGUGUUUACCUAGCUCCUUUGAUCUGCCAUGUUGGUUUAUAUGCCAUGUUGUCAAUGGUGGAGAAACCCUAUGUAUGGGGUACCUGUAGCAAUGAUUGGAAUACAAAUCAGUGUUUUGAUCAUGAGACUACAACUGAAUCAGUCCAAACUUUUAUAGGUAGACAAAAUGACGCCCGUCUGCCUGAACAGGAAUUCUUCGAUUAUAGUUAUCUUCAGGAAGUUCCUUACAUCUCUAACAUAACAGAAUUUCCAGUGUGGCAUUUUUCAGAGGCAUUCCAAAAGGUCAACUUCUCUCUGGCUCCAAUAGCAUUGCUUGUCACAUGGUUGUUAGUGUUUCUAUUUAUAGCAUUUGGACCUAGAGUGUGUGGAUGGAUUCUGUUUCUCCUUGGACCAGCAAGUUUAGCCUUGUUAUUUGCUGUGAUGGGUUAUGGAUAUAAAAACUUAGAUCCAAAUAAUACAGGAAAAUUCUUGAAGCAGUUCUAUAAGCUUGACUUCACAGGAUUUGUUGAUCCAAAGGCAAAUCCUUCUGUUAUAGAUGACUGGAUUCAUGGAUUUAAUUUGUUGAUGUUUGGUUUACCAGUCUGGACAGCUAUACCAGUGUCAAUAGGAAAAUGGGUUGGAAAAGGUCGUAUAAGUCGAAAUGUAAAUUGGCUGGUGGUUAUUUUUGUGUAUGCCUGUAUAGUGCAAGUUCCGCAGUUGGCAAUGGCGCCAUAUCUAGGAAACCUACUGGAGACAAAAAAUGUAGCUAUUACAGAGACAAUUUUUAAAGGUUUUAAGGUUGUAUUUCACAGUAUGCCUGCAGCGUUCGCUAUUUUGAAGGUUCCACCUGUGUAUGCCAUGCUGUUCUAUCUAUCCAUGUUUAUUUCUGGUGUGAUGUUUUUGUGCAUUGCUGUGAUGACAAUAGUUGACAACAUAGUGGACAGUUUAACAACAAGAUAUGCCAGAUUUACUGAUCGUAGAUGUUGUACCACAUUUGUUACCAGUUUCUUGUUAAUUUUGCUCCUUAUGGGAUUUGGUGUUCUACAUAUGUCAAAGGUUGGGAUUUACCUGGUAGUUCUGAUGGACCAGUCAGUUGUUAGAUUGAGAUUUAUUAUUGUAAUACUCCUAGCUAUUUCCUUAAUACUUGUUUAUGUGAAGCAGACAUUUUCCAUUGGUGAAAGAGUGAUCAUCAGUAUCUGGUGUGGACUGGCCUCCAUUUCUGCAGCUGGCCUGUGGAUAUAUAAUUUCCAGCAAACCAUCAACCAAAAAGUCAGCUACAACAAUUACUAUCUAACAGACGUAUGGGUACUGAUUAGUUGGAUAAUCUCAGCUAUUCCUUAUAUAGCCAUCCCAGCAGCUGUGUUACAUAGCUGUAUGUCGUAUGACGGCUCCUGUAAUGAGAAAGUACAUUACUUGAUGUGUGGUUCUGAAGAAGAUGACCGACAGCAGGACUAUGAUGGGUACUACCCUGCCCCGGAGCCAACAGCCCCACCCUACACCUACAUGGAUAACAAUGAAUACCUCUACCCCAUGAAUAAUCUGUCUAAAAACUAUGAUUCAGAAAUGGAACCACUCAAUACGAACCUUAGACAUACUAAUAUGUAAAUGUAUAUGUAGUAUUAAAUUUGAAUUGAUUUGAAAAUUCUUUUGUUAAUGAUUUAAGGGAAUGUCCGAUCUGAUUCAAAUACAGGGUUUGUGUCCAUGCUUUGCUCACAAGGAUCUGACAACACUCUGUUCUUAUGAUUACAUAAGCCAAUGAAAUUUCUGCCUUCAAAAUUUGGAAAGUGUUUAUCAUUAGGAACAAACCUGAAGAUCCUAAAAGUCUUUGAAUCAGAAGGUGAAAUGGAGAGUUGUCACAUUCUUGUAAGCUAAGUGUGGACACAGAAAAAAGGCAAACAAAAAGUACAUUUUUUAGGAAACAAACAUUGAGAUUAAGCAAUUCAUUUUUAUUGAAUGAACAAUUUUUUUUUGAUUGUUGUAAAGAAAAUAGAAAUGCAAUUGUUUAAAAGAAAAUGAAUGAAAUUAUUCUCGAAUUGAUUAAAUAGGGAAUUGUGUUUUUUGUUGAGAUAAAUAAUGCACAGUUUAUUUAAGGCAUAACCUGAGCUGAUCGGAUAGAAAUCAACCUAAUGCAAGUGAACAUAUACAUAUACAUGUAUAAGACUUUAAUUUAUUUUGGAACAUUCAAAUACGAAAUGAAGAUGAGUAUUAGUCUAUUUUGUAGGGUUCUUAUAACGACUCAAUUUUCAAACAGUUACAGACUUUGCAUAGCGAUUUUUUCAACCCGAAAUAGGAUAACAGAUGUAUUGAUAUUCAUUUGCAUAAGGUUGAUUUCUAUGCGACACAGCUCAUAUGAUUGUCUCUUAUGAUAUGUUAUUGUACAUCUUUGCAUAAUAAUACGAUAUGCUGAAAUUGUCUUAUUUCCCCAAGAUUUAUUAUAUUAAUUUUUAAUACAAGUACAUUGUAUAUUCAUCACCACGCUAAACUAUCAAAAACAUUUAUGGCAGCAUUCUUCGAUACUCCAUUCCUGCUUAUAAUCACUGUUAACUGCUUAAGAUAGUUUGCAAAACAUAUAAAUCGCUGCAUAUACUGUUAAUUAAUAAUGCUUAAAAAAAUCUUAACAACGAUGGUUUCUAGAUGUUAUCCAUUAUACAGUUAAAGGUUUAUAUUUAUCAAUCAUAUUGUGGAUUCAUUUAUUUUCAUGGAUAUCAAUUUUUUGUGGAUUGAGGAAAUUUGUGUUUUUGUGGAUAUUUGAUUUUAUAGUUUAUCCAAAGUCUCCAUACUAUAGAAAAUAUGUACUUCGUUGAAUUUUAAAUUGUGUAAACCUAUACACUAUAAACUAUGAAAAUUGGUAUCUCACAAGUAAUAAUUUAAUUUUGGAUGUAACGCGUCUUCUGAUUGGCUGACGUUGUUUUGUUUAUCAGCUCAUAGACAUAAUUUUGUCAUGUGACCGUGACGUCAUCAACAUUUUUUCAUGGUUUUCUCCGGUUUAAAAUGGAAUUUAGAAUUAAAUUAUAAGAAAUGACUGUAAUAUUUUUUCUGUCUAUUCAAAAAAACAUAAAAAAUGUGGUGCACACUUAAAAAUAACCCGCUACGCGGGUUAUUCAGUGUGCACCACAUUUUUGAUGUUAUUUCUUCAUAGACAGAAAAAAUAUUACAUUCAUUCCUUUAAUAUAAAAUGAACUGUACAUCUUGAGGUCAAGGAACAGUAGAUGGGCUAUGUCUCAGAUUUUGGUAAAAUUUGGCAUACAACUUUGGCUCAUUAAACAUUAACUGAAAAUUGAAAAAAGUAAUGCAUUUAUCUCUUUAAGUAUCUGAAAUGUUGCUGAUUGAAUUGUAUUGAAAGCACAUAAACGUUCUUAAAUUUGUCAUAAAAUUAUUAAAUCUCCAACUUCAAAUUCAUAAGAUUUUUUUUUUUUAAAAACUAUAUGUUGUUGAUACUUACAUUCUCGUUUUAAUGAUAUAAAAUAAUAAUAGGGUUAAGAGUGAAGAAACAAAUUAAUAAUAGGGUUAAGAGUGAAGAAACAAAAUAAUAAUAUGGUUAAGAGUGAAGAAACAAAUUAAUAAUAGGGUUAAGAGUGAAGAAACUCAUCAUAGAUGCCAGAAUUAUAUUUGGUCAAGGACAAAUUGUCCAAAGAAUUUCUCUCAUUAUGUCUACUAUGUAAGCUUGUGCUGUGUAUUUGCUGCUUUGUUUGCAGUACGCCCCAUUAUGAACAUUUUUCAAAGGUUAUGGUAGCUUAUUUAAACAGUUGCAUAAUGAAUAUUGUUUUUUUAAUUCUCAUUACAAUGGAUGAUAUUUUGAUCCAGUGUGGAUUUAGGAAAAAUUGUAUUUUUCUUGGAUAUUUGAUUUUGUGGUUUUGCCAAAGUCAUCAUGCAAGCCCAUAUAAUUUUUUUUAUUCGUUCAACAUUGAAAAUCAUGGUUUACUUAUAUCCACAAAAAUUGGUACCCAACGAAUAAUAAUGAACCCACAUUUGAACAAGUUGCAUAUUCAUUGUUGCCACAAAUAAUUGUUCCAAAGUUAUGCCCCUUGAGUUAUCUCAAAGUGGGAAAAUUGUUUGCAGAUAAAUUCUUUUUCUAAAAGAACCUUUUUACUUUACCACAUAACAACAGUGAAAUACUGGUCAAGCUUUAUUUUUGCUGUGGCCACAAUUACUGUUAUUAAAAUAAUGAAAAAGUUUCUUGAUGUUAAGUUCACUGUGUAGUUCACAUUUAAGACUUUUAAACUUUGUUACCUUACCAAGUUUGGUAAUUUCCAGCAACUUCUGUAGCAGACUUAUGUCCCUUGAAUUAACUUAAAAUGGUGAAAUUGAUGGUUUCUAGAUUGAAACAUUAAUUUCAGAUGAGCUUGAAUUGUAAAGGUUGUAUUUUUUUUAUCUCUUUGUCAUUGUGCUGUUAGAGAAGGAUCUGUUGUAUAUAGAUAAAGAAGAAGUGUGUUCCUACCACAAACAGCUUGAAGGACAUUUACAUUAUUCUAGUCAGCUUUUGUUAGCUAUGGUGUAAUAAUUAGUUUUAAAACAUAUUAUGGAUAUUUACAGAUUUAGCUGACAAAUGUAUUAAAUUCUUGAAAUUCACUGAACAAUUUUUUUAAAAAUAAGAGUUGUUGUAAAAGCAGUGAUGCCUUGUUUACCUCUAUACUAUUAAGAGUUCAGGAUCUCUUUUCUCAAAGAAUAUUGUGACAAAUAUUGAUUGUAAGUUAUACUCAUAUGUUCAUGAUGUUCAACAGGGAAUAAGCUUUACAGGGGCCCAGUAGCCAAUGCUACUAAAAAUUUGUAUGAGCCCUUACUUUUUACAGAAUAUUCCCAUAUGGUCAAUACAAAAUUUUCACAUUUGGUCAGUUGGGUCCCUGGAUUUUAAAGCUUAUUCCUGGUUCAAGCUUCUUUUUUUUCUGAAAAGAUUUUUUCUGAAAUGAGUCCCAGGUACAUGUAUUUAUAUUACAAAAAGUCUUAACUGUAAGAAUUCAAAAUAAAUUUGACAUAUAUCGACACAAUUAAUUUUAAAGGCCCACCGAUAUCUUAACAGUUUUAUUAAACAUAUAUGUCUUUGUUAGUUUUUACAUAUUUAAUUAAUUAUGUAUUUGUAGUUUGAAGAUAAGAUAUGUAUUGUCAUUUCAUCAUUUUAUUAUUAUGAAUAAUCAUUGUUUUUAUCUAUCACAUUUGUACAAAAUCAUAUAGUCAUUAAAGAUGCAGAAGUAUAUACUCAUAAAUUCAUUUCAUUUAACUUAUCUUACUGUACUUGCACAGUUCAUAAGAAAUGUGCUUAAUACCUGCAGUUAUGCAAACAGUUGAAAAUGUAAAUAGAGUUUGAAAUCAGCCAUGGAAAUCAAGACUUUAAAAAAAUGCAAAGUGGUAAUUUUUGCUAAUUAUCCAUUUGUCUGAAUUUGAUCUUUAAGGAUGUUAGCUGUUCUGUUUCAGUAUACCAAGCUUUCUAAAAGACUUAUAAAUUGAUAAUGUAUACAAAAAAACAAUACUAAAAAAGCAGAAAAAAAUGAAAAGGUCUGUGUCCAUGUUUUUAUACGACCGCAAAAAAUUUUUGCGGUCGUAUAUUGGUAUGACGUUGGCGUCGUCGUCUGGCGUCGUCCGGCGUCGUCCGAAGACACAUUGGUUUUCGCACUCUAACUUUAGUUUAAGUGAAUGGAUCUCUAUGAAAUUUUACCAUAAGGUUUAAUACCAUAAAAGGAAGGUUGGGAUUGAUUUUGGGGGUUAUGGUACCAACAGUUAAGGAAUUAGGGGCCAAAAAGGGGCCAAAAAUAAGCAUUUUUGUAACUUCCAGACAUAACUUGUGUUUUAGUGUAUGGAUCUCUCUGACAUUGUACCACAAGGUUCCAUAUCACACAGGGAAUGCUGGGAUUGAUUUUGGGGGUAAUUGCCUCAAAAUAUUAGGAAUUAGGGGCCAAAAAAGGGGCAAAAACAAGCAUUUUUCUAGUUUCAUGACAAUAACUUGUGUGUAAGUGUAUGGAUCUUUCUGAAAUUGUACUACAAGGUUCCAUAUCACAAAGGGAAAGCUGGAAUUGAGUUUGGGGGUAAUUGCCCGAAACGUUUAGGAUUUAGGGGCAAAAAAGGGGCCAAAAAUAAGCAUUUUUCUAGUUUCCAGACAAUAACUUGUGUUCAAGUGUAUGGAUCUCUCUGAAAUUGUACUGCAAGGUACCAUACCACAAAGGGAAGGCUGGGAUUGAGUUUGGGGGUGAUGAAUCAUAAGGGGGUUCAAAAAAUUUGGGGGGGGAUUUUUUUUUUUUUCCUUUUUUUUCUUUUUUUCUUUUUUUUUUCUUUUAAAAUUUUCCAUUUUAAGUUGGUUAUUUCUGUUUUAUAUUUAAAAGCAAAUGAUAUGAUAGGAGAUACACACCAAACAGGAUGUGUAAAUUAUUAUAUAAUAAGUAUUGUGCAAUAGCAAGAAAUUUUCAAUUGCACAGUAUUGCACAAUAGCAAGAAAUCUUCAAUUGCACAGUAUUGUGCAAUAGCAAGAAAUAUCCAAUAGCACAAUAUAGCGCAAUAGCAAGAAAUUGUCAAUUGUACAGUAUUGCGCAAUAGCAAGAAAUAUUCAAUUGCACAGUAUUGUGCAAAAGAAGAUACUUCGUAUAAAUUGCUUAUUUCUUGACCAAUUUCAAUGGGGUUUAUUCUUGAAUUCUUGGGGUUCUUUAAUAUGCUGAUUCUAACCAUGUAUUAAGUUUUUGGAUUUUGGGCCCCGUUUAUAAAUUGGUCCACAUUGAGGUCCAAAGGGUCCAAAACUAAACUUUGUUUGAUUUCAUCAAAAAUUGAAUUAUUGGGGUUCUUUGAUAUGCCGAAUCUAACCGUGUAUUUAGAUUCUUAAUUUUUGAUUCCGUUUUCAAAUUGGUCUACAUUAAGGUCCAAAGGGUCCAAAAUUAAACUUAGUUUGAUUUUAACAAAAAUUGAAUUCUUAGGGUUCUUUGAUAUGCUGAAUCUAAACAUGUAUUUAGAUUUUUGAUUAUGGGCCCAGUUUUCAAGUUGGUCCAAAUCGGGGUCCAAAAUUAAACUUUGUUUGAUUUCAACAAAAAUUGAUAAUAUGGGGUUCUUUGAUAUGCUGAAUCUAACCAUGUAUUUAGAUUUUGGAUUUUUGGGCCCCAUUAUCAACUUUGUCCACAUUGAGGUCAAAAGGGUCCAAAAUUAAACUUUGUUUGAUUUCAUCAAAAAUUGAAUUCUUGGGGUUCUUUGAUAUGCUGAAUCUAACCAUGUAUUUAGAUUUUGGAUAUUGGACCAUAAUAGGUGAAUGUCCAAUUUAAAAUUUUUAAGUUCUUAGGCCACAUUCAUUCUGUGUCAGAAACCUAUACUGUGUCAAAUAUUUAAUCACAAUCCAAAUUCAGAGCUGUAUCAAGCUUGAAUGUUGUGUCCAUACUUGCCCCAACUGUUCAGGGUUCGACCUCUGCGGUCGUAUCAAGCUGCGCCCUGCGGAGCAUUUUAUUGAGAUAUAAGCAGAUAAUAAUUUGACAGGAAAUAAUUUUCUACCUUUUUCAUAUAUUUAUUAUUCGCCCCUUUUCCUUUCACAAACUAUCAUGACUGAAAAAUAAUAAGGAUUUUAUAAGAUUUAAAACACAAAAUUGUUUUUUAACUUACAUGUAUAUAUAAUCAAAUUAUGAAAAGAUUAUCAAAUGUAGAGGUUAGGGGGCAACAUUUUUAACGGCACUACAUUGAUUAACUAGAGGAUAACAAAUAUCUGACAAAAACGAAACCAUCAAACAUCCUAAAGGAAGACUAGAUAGAAAGAUGAGAAAAAGCCUAAUAUAAAACCUAAAACCUUGGUAUUUUUCAGAAAUCGCAAAUCUAACCUCCAAAGAAAAUAAACCCUUUUACAUUAUUUUGGGGCAAGUUUUGUACAUUGAUUCUGAAAUUAAAAUUUUAAUACUUCUGGCAUGUUAUUGGCUCACCUCAAUAAAGUUUUGGAGGCAAAUCUUUGAUGUGCUUUUUCCAGUACGGCUGCAUCAGCAGUUGUUAAAGUUGGUGAUUAGGUCAGUUUAAUGGGAACCAAUAAUGGUUUAGAGGAAUAUAUUUGGUAGGCAGUUGUAUAACCAUUGGGAGAUUAUUUGGUCCAGCCCUCCAAGUCAUAGUCCAUUUGACUUUCAGAAUUUUGUAUACUUUAGUAAACAAUACAAGUUUUAAAAAAUUAAGGGCUCUCUUGACAACAGAUUAAUUUCAUUAUAAGGCACAUUUCUUGCAGACAGUUGCAGUUCUUCAUUGAAUAAUGUUUUUCUUUCCUUAUAUUGUUAUGUAAAUAUUUUAUCAUGAUGCAAAUGGAUUUUCAAUUACCUAACCGAUUGAUAUUUUAAUAUUUUAUGAUAGUUGUCAAUUGUUUGAUUAUUAACAUCAUUGGUAAAUAAAAUCUAUUAUUAUCAAGA